AUGCAACAACUUUUACCAACAUUCACAAUUGUCUUCUGUAGUAUUUCAUUACUUGUUCGUGUUCUGUGGCAAAGAGUUCGAAUGCGUCAAACUAUUCAUUGGAAGAAACAUCGAAAAAUGGCCAUACAAGUCUUAUCGAUCUCAUGUGUUUAUCUUCUUUUAUUAUUACCCUACGCGAUUGUCUAUAUUGUUCGUUCUUAUACUAGCUUAUCGAGUCAAUUGUUCACUGAGCUUUUUGUAUCAAUGGGGUUCGCUAAUUACUUUAUUCCUCUCAUAUUUCCUUUCGUUUGUGCUCUAUCAUUACCAGAAUUGCAAAAGAAAGUGAAAGAUCUUCUUCAUUUGCGACAAUCACAACAAAUUCAACCAAUUGCGACAGUACAGACAAGAUCUCAUCCAGCUGGAAAUACUCGACAAACAUAA